AUGUUUCGUCUCGUCAACAAACGGCUGGCUAGCAACCGUGAACUCCAAUCCUUAAAGCGGGAGUUCAACCAAUGCUCGCUUCCAAUCGAAUUUGUCUACAGGAUCGUGGUCUUUUGUGUUGAUGAGAUCAUGGAGAGAGGACUCAACCAUCCCUUCAUCCUCAAGAACCCAUACUCACCUUCGGUUGUGGCUGCCAUGGUCACUUUGAUGGCAGAUCCUGAGCGCAGAGAUCUCUUCUCCCUCAAGUGCACACGAAUCGACACUGUAGCCGGUGUGAUGUUGGCUGUCUUGAAGAACCUGCGUGAAGCCAUUGUUCCCAUGGAGAUUCAAGAAGCAUUAACCUCAGCCAACGGCGCGUUCUCCAAUGCACCUUCGGGAGCUUCAACCCCCACAGCCACCAGUCGUAUCCAAUACAGAAUCAACACCGUCAACGCGCUAUUGAACCAUCCCAACUUUCCAGCAGUCAACAGAGCCUUGCUGAUCGAGCUCUUGAAUCUUUCGCUCGCCAUCCUCAACCGCUCCAGUUUCAAUCGUGUCAAACCCGACAUGCUCGCCUCCAUCCUCGGCCCUCACAUCUUUGCAUCCCAACAUGCCACCAUUCUUCAACACACCCCACAACAAGCUUACUCCUUCGGAUGGGGUGUCGCCCUCGUCAACGACAUCAAGCGCUGCUCCAAGAUGUUUUACGUGCUCCUGGGAGGAUAUCGACGAGAGGUCUUGGGUCCAGAUGAGUGGGAGUUUGAGAACGGCUUGAGCUCUGCCUCCACUUCGACCUACAACAUGCCAUUCUUGAAUAACAUUGCGCCGUUAUCUGCACCAUCUUCAGGCGUUCCUCUUCACCAAUGGCCCGGUUCUGGUGGUAUCUCGAGCGCUAGCUUGGAUUUCAACGACAAUCGGUCACUCUACUUUGGACAAAACUCUCAGCGUCGACUCCACCAGAGUGUACCUCACCUACGGAUGGCCACAGUGUCCGUCGAUUCCCCUGGGGGACCCAGAACUGACAUGUCUCGGAGCUCACAGUCCCGGUAUGGAAUGGUUCGGAAUGUGUCGACGACUUUGACAGAGUCCAUCCGUGCUGCCGCCGCAGAAGAAGCCAAGGGCUGGAACCUCGAGCGGUCUAAUUCUGGAUCCAAGGGUCCUGCCGCACUCGAGCACCUUCGCAGCAGUCAACACCACCAAUAUGGAUCGAGCAACUCUCGCGGUAGCAACGGUUGGGCUGGCCGCCAGAGACGUCAAUCAGCACAGUCCAUCGAGCAACGCCAUCAAGAGCUCUAUGACCAGCGGUACAGAGGACGGGCAGAGGACAAUGCCGCAGAUGAGCUGAGCCAUGCCUUCCAUCGCCAUAGCCUGCACCACCAAGCCGAAGUGGAGAGCAAGAUUGUUAUCCCGGGCGAUGACCAGUCUCGUCAACGGGAGGAAAAGCGCCUAGCGAUUGAACAGAUGAUUCGAGAGUGCCGCGGGACAGGGUUGAACUUUGCAUCCAAGGAGAACGAGGUCGUGGAGAAUCCCACGCAAGACCAACGCUGCAAUCCUCGUCAAUAUGGCGCCCUUGCCUUCUACUAG